AAAGUAUUCUGAGUUUUAUUCUAAAAUGAAUAGUGUGUCAAGCAUUCACUGUGUGCUUUUUCCAUCACACUGUACUGAACGUUUCCAAUUUGAGUUUUCUUGAUGACUACAAAAUUUAGUUUUGUAGUAUUUCCAAGUCUGUUGCUGUGUUAUAUUCUACAUGUGAUUUCUACAACCGUAGUAUUAAAAUAUUACAACAUUAAUAAUUCUUUAAUUUAUAUUUCUGUUAAAGAUCAUGGAGACAUGUAUUUUUAAUCUUGUACAAAGACACGUCUUUGACAUCAGUUAAGUAGGAGCAUAAACAAUCUGGCUGGUUACCUAAUAUAGAAAGCAAACCAAGUGGAAAAUUUAAAUAUCCCAAGGAAAGCAGGUACUAAGUAAUUGUAGGUGAAAUGAGAAAUUGUGGUUUCAUGAAAAUAGUAAUUUUGGGUUCAUUUUAUUGGUUACAAUGUUUUGGAAAUGCAAGAAGGCGUUGUUUCACCUUGGUGGAAAUCCCCAAUAUAACAUCAAUUUUUAUAUGAAUCAUGUGAUAUUUUUCUUACAAAUGUUUAAGUGCUUGCUUCUGACUUUGUCUUUUCUCUACAUAUCCAAAGUAAUUCCUAUCAAUUUGAACAUAUGCUGAAGGGGUUUUUUAAAAUAUAUGUGAUAGGUUGAAUUACUGCUUUGAGCUUGAAAUUGUUACAGACUUAAUAAAACGGUUAAAAACCUGGGUGAAAUUGAAGUUCUAUUAUAGCAUAUCAUCAUUAUUCCAAAAUUGAAUGUCAUCUUGAAUGUGUAACAUUAAUGCAUUUCUCAGCAGAUGUAUUUCUAUUUCUGUUCAAGUUUAAAGAGACUUCAUCUUCUCUGUCUAAAGCAGUUCCAAAGGCAGUCUGUGUCAUCAGACAAACAUGCAGAAUUCACUCCCUUUUUGUUGAGUUUUUGUAAUCUUGUUCAUAAAAUGUUUUGAGUUUGUAAAAUGUAGCUUCUGUCUCACUACACACUGAGAUCAACAUCCUCUGUGUUGCUAUUACAGUUAUCACAUCAGUUGUUAUUAUCAGCAGAUAAUAUCAGUUGUUAUUAAGCAAUAUCACAGCCAUUCAGUGUUUUCCCAAUUUGCUUAGACAUGCAUCCAUCACAGCUGGUAUAAACUUGUGUUCACCUGUAGGUGCCCAACCACCAGCCGUUCACACUGCUCCUGUUUGAGCUGUGGUGUUAUUCUUGCUAAAUGUAAAAAAGACUGCUGAUGGUUCUGUUACCUCCUUUCUCACAUUUCUGUACCCAGGAUAUUUUAGGAAUGUGUUGCUGUGGGCACCAUUUUCAGGGAAGACAGCAGCAGAAUCCUACAUUUCUUCCUUUGAUUUUUUUCAGUUUUGCUUACUCUGAGUUAUUAAUCCCUUUACAUAAGCCCCUCCUGCCCUGUGUGUGCCUUCACCUGGCACAAUUAGUGCUCGCUCUAGAGGCAAGACCUUCAAAUACUCUGCUUUAGAGCACACCAUGUUCUCACACACACAGAACAGUUUGCGAUGGAUGAUCCCCUCAGUGCAGCUAGAAAGACACUCACACCUCUAAUGUAAUUUUGUCGAGUAUAAACAUGACUUAUAUGUCAAAUAGAUUCAAUGCAGACAGGAUUAAGCAUGGAAAACCAAAAUGCUACAUAGUAGUAGAGUGACAAAAAGCAGCCCAGCAGGGCUUAGCACUUACUGUAGGGAGUCUUGAGAGGUGCCUGUGUUACUCCCGAUGUUUAGUGUUUCUGAUUCAGCUCUUCAACUUGCUCUUAAGAGUGGAAAAAAAGAAAAAACGAAACUUGACCUUGACCUCAAGAGUACAGCUUGACUCUGUUGCUACAGAAAGAAUCAUGGAAAUGCCUUUCUUGUUCCCAUAAUACCUUGUUUAUAUUUAAAGGAAGUUUUAGCUGCCAAAUCACAUGACCCACAGCAGAAGGGGGCUUAGCCUAGUCAGUGCCACACAUGAUUUUUAUUCUCUGGGCAAAAAAAGGGGCACAGGCUUCCUGGUAGGCAGCCAGUGAGUGAAGUCAGGUGGAAUUUGUCUUCACUUGAUUAUAAUCAGCCUUGUCCCUUUGUUGAUGCCACCUCAUCCAUACGCUGUUGCCACCUUCUUAUCCUGCCACUUUCUGUUACAAAGCUCAGCAUGGAAAAUUAACUGAGGCCACAGUGACACAUGAAAGUGUCUUUCCACGAUUUGGCUGGCCAUCUGAAGUGUUUUUCCUUUUUCUGUGGCUAAAAGAUGAAGUAUGAAAUAUAUGUUGUUUCAUAUUUAGGGACCAUUAUUAUUAGACCAGCUGCAGGUCUUAGCCUCUGCAGGUAAUCUGCUCAGACUGAGCCACAUGAGGCAUCAAGGUUUGCACUAAGUGUCUGCAGAGCUGAGAGUCGUUGAUGUUGAGUCUACCUUCAGUUUUUGAGUUGUGGAUGCUCAAAGCACUGAAUUGUAUGAUAAUUUAAUGCUCAACAACUUGUGUUCAUCCAUGUCAAGUUCUGUUUCAGGCAUAGCAGGUGCACAAGAAAAGCUUUUUAUAAAACCAUUUCCCAGCUUAUGUAGUUGUCAGUACUCUGGCAUUCUCUGUGUCAAGUGAGGAAAAUGUGAGGCUGUCCUGUUAACUGGGGCCAGAGUGCCGCUUGGUUUCAAGAGAGUAUGUAUUGCAGCCAGGGCCAGUGCAUACAGAAGGCAUCUUGGUACAGUUAAAGGUUAUCUGGGCCCAUUCUGGAAAGCACCAGCGGAAGCGCAUGCGUUUGGUGCUGUCAGUGGGAAGGUUUGCCUGGGAUGUCAUCUCUCAGCUAUACAUAGCAAUCUCAAAGCUCCUUACAGAGAAACCUCUUACCAGUCACUUUCCACAAAUGGUACAUAUACCUAAAGGUACUUAGUGAAAAUCCUUGAGAGGUAUUUAAUGCAAAAGCAGUUAGUCUCUGUGGUGGUUUUCGGAAGCUCUCACAUCACUAGCAGGAAGGAGUGCAGGGCAGCUACAGCACAGCACUUGGGCCAGUUGCUCAUUUUAUCUCAACCAGGCUCUGCCACCCCAAGAGCUUGCCAAGAUGUGUGACAUGGGGGGGCUUGACAACCUGAUUGCCAACACAGCCUAUCUGCAGGCAAGGAAGAGCGGAGAUGCAGACACCAAGGAGAUGCAAAAAAGACGCAAGAGCCUCUCACUGCCCAAGAUUGAGCAAUGCAAAGAGGUUAGAGAGUCCAUUGUUGCCGAUUAUGACAGCAUCUGUGAGCAGCAGCCUGUUGGCAAGAAAUUCUUCAGAGACUUCUUAGAGACAGUGCCAGAAUAUUUAGUAGCUAGGGACUUCCUGGAUGAGGUGUCAAACUGGGAGCUGGCAGAGGACAAUCUCAAGGGCAGUACCAUGGAGAAUAUGUUCACCAGUUUUCUUAAGGCAGGCUCCAAAAACCAUCUGGCUUUCAUGAGCUCUGACUUGUCUAGCAAAUGCGAAGCAGCUACUGCAAAAGACUAUGAGAAUGUUAUGCAGCUGGCCAAGGAGGAAACCAGACUCUUCCUUAAAGACAAGCCCUUCCAGGACUUCCAGACCAGCCCCUUCUAUGACAAGUUCCUCCAAUGGAAAGUUUUUGAGAAGCAGCCAGUAACUGAAAAAUACUUCUAUGAGUUUCGAGUGCUGGGCAAAGGUGGCUUUGGAGAGGUUUGUGCCAUCCAGGUGAAAAAUACUGGCAAGAUGUAUGCCUGCAAGAAACUAGAUAAAAAAAGAUUGAAAAAGAAAGGUGGAGAGAAGAUGGCACUACUGGAGAAAGAGAUCCUGGAAAAGGUGAACAGCCCUUUCAUAGUCACACUAGCUUAUGCCUAUGAGAGCAAAAGCCAUCUAUGUCUUGUCAUGAGCCUCAUGAAUGGAGGGGAUCUGAAGUAUCACAUCUACAAUGUGGGACAAAGGGGUUUGGAAAUGGACAGAGUCAUCUUUUACUCAGCUCAGAUCACCUGUGGGAUUCUGCAUCUCCAUUCCAUCAAGAUUGUGUACCGGGACAUGAAACCAGAAAAUGUCCUCCUGGAUGAUAAUGGUAAUUGUAGACUGUCUGAUCUUGGAUUGGCAGUGCAAGUCAAAGAGGGAAAAAGUAUCACUCAGAGGGCCGGGACAAAUGGUUAUAUGGCUCCAGAAAUCCUGAAGGAAGAAGAUUACUGCUAUCCUGUGGACUGGUUUGCUAUGGGGUGUAGUAUUUAUGAGAUGAUUGCUGGGCGAACACCGUUCAAGAAUUACAAAGAAAAGGUCGAUAAGGAUGAGGUUAAAAGAAGAACUCUGGAAGAUGAGGUGAAAUUUGAACAUGCCAACUUUACAGAGGAAGCGAAAGAUAUUUGCCGACUGUUUUUGGCUAAGAAAAUAGAGAAUCGUUUAGGAAGCAGAAAUGAAGAUGAUGACCCAAGAAGACAUAAUUUUUUCAAAACAAUAAAUUUCCACAGGCUAGAGGCAAACCUUAUUGAUCCUCCAUUUGUGCCAGAUCCAUCAGUUGUCUAUGCCAAAGAUGUUGCUGACAUUGCUGACUUCUCUGAAAUACGAGGAAUUGAGUUUGACGACAAAGAUAAGAAGUUCUUCAAGAGGUUUGCAACAGGUGCUGUCCCUAUAGCCUGGCAGGAAGAAAUUAUUGAAACGGGACUAUUUGAAGAACUGAAUGAUCCCAACAGAGUAGAAUCUGGGGGUUACGCCAACGGAGGUGAAGCUAAGUCAGGAGUUUGUUUGUUGUUGUAAAUAUCACAUCAUUAACAAAAAGAGUAGAAAGUACCUCAGAACUUUUCAUAUUCUGACACCGUUUCAGAUGCUCAGUGCAUCUGUUUAAGAAGACCCAAUCAGUGUAAUAUGAGGUUGCCAGGCUAUGUAGAACCACGAGCUGUAUAGACUAUUGUUUUCCUUUGCUCUAACAAAGGAGAUAAUAUUUUUGUUCUAUUGGAGAUAUGAAGAGCCGUAUUCUCUAAAAAACUUAGAAUUAUAGAAAUUCUGACAUACAAAAGUUGCAAUAGAGUGAAGAGGCAGCACCUUUUGGAAAUGACUGACUACUCUUUUGAAUACAAUGAUUUGUUGGUUUUCUUUCCACUUUCUUGUUAUUUUUACCAACAUUUCCUCUUUGUUCUACAGUUUUCGAGAAAGACUUUUUAAAAUUUUGAGUAAUAUUCUCAGUUAGACAAUGGAGUUCAUAUACCAUGUCAAACUUGGAAUUUAUUGGUUAGCUAGUCUGUCUGUAGUUUUCUGAAUUUCUGUUAGGUUUUGUAUGGUUUGAUUGUAGAAUGUUCAAAUUGUCAUAAAACGUAAAAUGAGGCUCUGCGUAUCACUAGGAAAUAGGACUGACAUGAUCAAACUCUUUUCAAAGUUGAUUUUAACAGAAUGAAGAUGAUAAAGUUGCACCAAUUUAACUUAAUAAAGAAUUUAUUUAUUCUUA